ACAGCAAACGUGGAAGUCUAUGAAUCGAAUGCUCUACCUCUCUUGACAGUGUUUUUCCGGGUGUGAUGGAAGAUCCGGACAAUGGAGAUCGAAUAUGCAAUCGGAUCAAAGACCUUGACCGACAGCUCCAGCGUAAAAUGAAAAUGCUGCAAAAACAGGUGGGAUUCACCGAGCUACUCGACGAGUCUUCCCGAAUCGAAACAGAACAAGUGGAAACUACGCUGAAUGAGAGACUCGCUGAGGUCGAUUCGAUAAUCGCGGAUUUCGAUGCAACCUUAUCGAAGCUUCGGCGUAUCGCUGAUAGGAAUCAAUCCGAGCUGCUCUCUGAGCUGGAACACGAAAUUUAUGAACUUGAAAUCAUGGACAGCAAGGUCUCCGUGCUGGUGGAGAUCGCGAACGUUCUGCAAAGAGUCGAGUCCAGUGCUGACGAUCCGGCCACGGCGCUCGAGCACAUCACCGAUGUAGAAGACCUUUGCGCAGAACUCGACCAGUGGAGUGGAGGCAACCUGCUGAUCAUAAAGAGUGUCCUCCAAUACGUUCUCAACAAGCGCUACACCUUAGAAGCCGAGAAUCGUAAAACGCUCUUACGAUUGAGAGACAGCAACAAAGCCUCGGAUCCGUUUUCGGAGGACACCGCGGAUGGCUUGAAUCAGAACGAAGAGACAUCAAUUUGUUCUUAUCUUCCUCAGUUUCGUGAUGUCCUGCGGAAGCCACUGGAGCCGACUGAGAGGGUCACGUCGUCUGAUUUCGGAGGUCCCGGUGAUGUCGACCCAUGCGAGGUGUCGUUUUGGUUGAGACCAUUAGUCCUCGAAGUUCUCGAAACCUCGAAUCAGGCGGUCGCCAUUGAGCUCUACACGUCAUUCUACCAAUACGCGUCCUCGUCUUUUUCUCUACGGGAGUGCGGGAUAGUUUUCUGCAAUACGAUGUAUUUCGCCCACAAAGUACUCCUCCAUACGCUCAUCCAUCCGUCGAGAGUCUCAUUAAGCGCCGCGAUCUCGCUGCGUCGUUUCGCUGGGCCCUUGUUGAUGAAUCGUAUCCACGAGAUCAAGUUUGAUUCAUCAAUCCAAUUUGUCGAUGAAACGGCAUCCGCGGAAUAUCCGAACCAACUGAAAAAAUGCCGCCUCGACCUAAAAGACAUCCUCCCAAGGAAGAUAUUCGAGAGGAUUAUUGUUUUGCUCAGCGAUCAAUUUGUGGGGUCUCUCUUAAGUGUUAUAGUCAAUACUGAGGAUAUCGAAACCGAGCAGGCUGAUCGUUGGGCGCGGCUGUUAACGAACAUUUUGGACCAGAUGAGGGAAAUAGUUGAUGAUGUGGAGCUGCCAGUCUUGCAUAGAGCUGCAGAAUUGAGGAAUGUUCUGACUUAUGGUCUGAAAGAUUUUGCUGCUCAAUGGAAGAAUCCGAAAUCCGUCUUGAGAGCCCAUUUUCACGUCAACGAAGUACGACAUCUGAUCCGCGCUAUUUUCCAGAAUUCGGAGAUGAAAUCGUCGGUACUCGCACAAAUUCAAUAA